UUGGAUGCUGGCGACAGUAUAAAACCCAAGGGAUUGGAAGGAUUUGUUCAUAGCUGUUGUGUUUGGAAGUAUUAGUUCUAUACUGUUGUGAAUUGGAAGGAUUGUUCAUUGUUGUUGUAUUGGAGAAAUGGAGGUUCAAAUGAAGCAUAUUUUCCUUUUGGGGUUGCUUUUGGUUUUAGGUAUCACUGGCAUUGAAAAGGUUCAAGGGGCUGGAGAAUGUGGCAGUAGUCCUGUUGAGACUGAGGCUUUGAAGCUUACUCCGUGUGUAAUGGCAGGUCAAGAUGAGAACACUGAGCCCUCUGACAAGUGCUGCCUUCAGAUCAAGCAAAUUGGCAAGAAUCCCAGCUGCCUCUGUGCUGUUAUGCUUUCUCAGACAGCCAAGAGUGUUGGAGUGAAACCAGAAGUUGCUGUGACUAUUCCCAAGCGUUGCAACAUUGCCAACCGUCCUGUUGGUUACAAGUGUGGAGCUUACACAUUGCCUUGAUGUGGUAGCAAGGAGGAGUGAACACCAUGCGCUGGGGUUAUUAGGGUACACACUGUUUAGUAGCUAAUGGUGUGGUAGUAACUGUGUUGUUAAAACAGGUGUAUAAAGCCAAUAAAAGCUGCAAGUGUUAUUAGAUGUAAUGUGAGGAUCUCUGAAUAAUAUAAGUAUGUGAUU